AUGCUGCCCCUCUUCUUUCCCUCUCUUUCAUUCUCUGUUGUUUUCUCUGUGUCUCUCAUUCGUUUUCUCUUCCCCCGCCUCUCUCUCUCUCUCUCUCUCUCUCUCUCUCUCUCUCUCUCUCUGAUUUCCCUUGUCUUUUCCAUUUUAUUUAUUUAUUAUUUUAUCUUCAUCCCCUCUGCUCUUUUUCUCACUUUUCUUUCUCCUGAUGCUUUCUGUUUUCUCUCCUCCCGAAUAUGCUUUCCUUUUUCAUUCCGUUUCUUUCAUUCCUGCUAUUCUCUCUCGUUCUCUCUUCUUUAUCUCCCUGUCUUUCUCUUUUCCUUUUCUCUCUCUCUCUCUUUCUUUCUUUCUUUCUCUUUCACAUUUUUACCGAUUUCUUUCUCUAUUUCUUUUCCCUUCAACCUUUUUCUAUAUUUCUCAGUAUCGUUUUCUUUCCCAUUCUUUCCCGCUUCUUUUUUUCCUUGUAUCUCUCUCUUUCCAAUUCUCUCUCUCUUUUUCUUUCCCCCUUUCUUUCUUUAUUUUCCAAUCUGUUUCUCUUCAUCUCCCUCUCUCUUUCUCACUCUCUUUCUCUUUCUCUCACACGCACAUUUUUACCGAUUUCUUUCUCUAUUUCUUUUCCCUUCACCCUUUUUCUAUAUUUCUCUGUACCGUUUUCUUCCCCAUUCUUUCCCGCUCCCUUUUCUUCUUUUUUUCCUUGUUUCUCUAUCUUUCCCAUUCUCUUUCUUUUCUUUUUACCUUUCUUUUUUCUUUCUUUAUUUUCCCAUCUGUUUCUCUUUAUCUCCCCCCCAUCUCUCUCUCUCUUUCCCUCUCUCUCUCUCCCCUGGAUUUCCCAAUCUUAUUCAAUAUCAAGCGAUAAAUAAGACAAGAAUAGCAAGCAUGGCGCAACAACAAACAAUAGAAGUGGAUGCAAUUAAAAGGAAGCGAUGCGCCAACUUUAACAGGAAAAUAAAAGAGAGCAAGCUGACAACUUACAAAAUGUCAGGCCUCCCCGACCAAGGUUCAAAUCGUCCAUUCAUAGAACGAGAGUGUCAAACAAAACCGGAAUGGCUUCAUGCAUAA